UACCGGGUCAAAGGUUUUCAGUUCCAGAACGAGAUAGAGAUUUGGCACUGGGAAGGAGGCAUGUAAUGUAUCUAAAUACCUGCUUUGCUCCUUGGAAAUCGAUCAAUAUAUAGCACUUUCGGUGUUUGAUCUUGAGGAUUCAUUUAGCAGUGUGAUUUCUUAUUUAGGCCGAAAAUAAAGAUGGGAGAUCACGACGAAAUUGUGGCAGCUGUUUAUCACCUUCUCAAGAAGCUCACCGCCGAUCCAGUGCCAGAGUCGCAUAGGAUUUUACGGAUUCUCCAGAGGUUGGAAAGACUGCCAAUUACAGUGAGAGUUCUACAGGAGACGGGAGUAGGGAAAGCUGUAAACAAGCUGCGCAAGCAAGGAGGAGAAAUUACAGACGCUGUGAAAGGACUGGUGCAAAGUUGGAGAGAUUUGGUGAGAGAGGCAAUGGAAGCUGAACAGAAAACCCCAGCUUCCCCAGAACGUGGUUCUUCACCCUCUUCUCAAUCUGGGUCGUCAGAUGAGGACGAGGAUGAAUCAAGUGAGGAGGAUAGUUCCAGCGACGAUUCCAGUGAAUCGGAUAGAGAGGAUGAGGGACGAAGAAAGCGUUACAGUCCCGAACCAAGCCCGCCUUAUGCCAGCCCGCCUCCCUCACCCCCCGUUAGGGACUCCAGACCGAAGCCCCCUACAAACCGACAUGUGUCUGUAACAGGGAAAGAAAGGGUAUCGUCCAAAAGGCCACAUGCACCAUCUCCUAGUCGAUGCCAAGACGCGCCACAGACACACUUGAGCACGACUUCAUCAUCUCAAAUCAAGAAAAGGAGGAUAGAGGAAAGGCCUUCGUCAGACGCUAGUGAAAGUUCUAAGGUAGUGAAAAAGAAACCUCCGGAGGAUGACUGUUUCUCUCAAGCUCUUUUUCCAAGCCCUCGCAAAGUGGGGAGUUCAUCUUCUAGUUCUCUGCCUAAGAGUCCAGUGCACAUACAGAAAGACAGAGGAGGAGAUAAAACAGGCUCCCCAACCAAGCUAGCCAAACCAGGACACUCCCUUAAACCAUCAUCAUCUGGAAGUGAGAAGAGCAAUGAGAGGAGUUUGAGUAAGAGCCCUCAGAAGAAAGUUAAUCAAAAGAAUGAUCAAGAAAGGACUAAAUCUAAAACGUCAGAUUCUAGGGUUAUAAAUGGUUCUGUGAGAGAGCCAGAAACAAGUUUUCUAGAUAUGAUAGAUGAUGUAGAUGUAUCCAAGCAUAAUAAUGCUAAUCUCAAAACAAACAAGAUAUCAUCACAAGCAUCCUCAAAGAUUUCAUCCGUAUCAAAGUCAUCAAUAUCAUCUGCCUCUUCAUCCAAAUCAUCUACUCAGAAGAAACCUGGAAGUGCCUCUCUUACCCCGUCAGCAGACAGAGAGUCUGCUGAAUCUUCAAGAACUGCUGAAAAAUCUGCUCAUCGAGAGCACGCAAGAACAGAUUCUAAAUCAUCAAAAGAAAGCAGGCCAUCACAAUCUUCGGAAAAAGUGUCAAGCAAGUCGAAAGCAGUGUCAAGCAGUGUCAAACCUACUGAAGACUCACAGUCAAAGUCAAGUGCCAAGGAAAGUCUUGCUCCUAAAUCAAAGAGGAAGCUCUCCACUGGAGAGCGUAGGAUUAGCGAAGAGGGUACUCAGAGCUUUGUGAACACGGGUUUGUCUUUCGGAGACAUCCUCAUGGCUCCAACGCUUACAACCAAAGUGAAGAAACCAGGGAAGCGGUUGAAUACUGGUGCAACAGACUCCACCAAGAAGUCAUCGUCAUCUUCUGCCACAAGUAAAUCAUCCUCAAAACCAUCAUCAAAGUCAUCAUCAUCAUCAUCAACGCAUGCAAUAGGUUCUUCAUCAUCAAAGCACAUUAGUCAGAAAAACCAGGGGAGUAAAUCAGCUAGCACUUCUGGAAAAGGAAACAAGAAAGUGCACUCCAAAGAUGAUGGGAAGAACAGAGGUGAACAGAUCAAGUCUCCAACUUCAUUUACACCAACGCUGGAAGAUGUACACCAGGACAUCACUUUCAACCUGCCUGAGAUCUCGGCUGAUUACAAGCCACUCAGGCUACCAGAGUUAUCACCUAAGAAGAAAGUCAGAGGCCAAGAUGAGGAGGGGUCUUACAUUGGGUCGAGGUUCGCAAGGACCAAACUCUAUACUGGGCGAGCGAGACAGUCAUUAUCAAGUGUUCCUUCUCUCUAUGAUGCUUGCAUGCGAGUUCUUUUGGACAAUAUCGACGCUCUGUAUGAGGUUGGAGUGCCCUAUGACAUCAUCAAGCCUGUGCUUGAAAAGUGUACACCUCUACAACUACUCCAUCUCGAGGACUAUAAUCCGUACCUGAUAGAAGAUACCGAUGAGCUCUGGAGAACCCAUGCAGAGAAAGACUUCAGAAAAUUCAAGCCUCAAGAAAUGGAGUCAUUUAGGGAAUUGUACUUGAGGAAGAAAGAUGAGAGAGAGGAAAAACUCAAGAACAUCACAGCCAACAUCAAGACUUCUUUUGCCAAGAAAGAUCCAGGACGACUGACCAAGAUGGCAUUUGUCCAUGGCCCAGCCAAGCCCCCAAGGGCCGUCCAGCGCCAGCAAGUCCGGCACGGGACCGGUCGCAUCACGUCCAGUCCCCCCAGCAACCCCCACAAAGCGUACGUCCCUUCCAAGCAUGCCGGGGACACGGGCCCAAUCCGAAGCAGCAGCACUAGCACCAUCAAGAGCGGGGAGUAUGCAGAGCGGAGUCAUUCAGGAGGGGGUGGUAGCAGAGGAGGAGGGGGCGGUAGUAGUGGAGGAGGUGGAGAAAGACGAGGAAACCCGAGUUAUGAAAGCAUCAGUAUGAGUAGCUGUAACGGGGGUAGCAGCAGAGGAGGAGGGCGAUCAAAGGCAUCAAAGGCCCCCAUGAUGCAGAAAGUUCUGAGGAUGAAGAAGCUGUUCCGCAAAUGAGCCCCACUCGGCUCCUCCACAUGCAUCAUCAUCAUCAUCUUUGCCUUUAUGCCAGCAUCACACAGAAGGAAAUGGAAACGGAAGGAAAUAUUAUUUUGGUCUGUUGAAGUUUUGGGAUUGAUACUUAUUUGAGACAAAAUAUGGAGUAUAAUUCAGUAUUCACAAACAUAUAUUAAGUUUUUUUUUGUGCAGGCAGUCACACUAAUAUCGGGACGCUAGUUUCCGGUUUUUUGCCUGACGUCGGGCCUCGUCCGCUAUGUAUUCGAGACUUUUUCAGGAUUCAGGAUCAACAUGGUGAGGCCUCUUUUUCAGGAUCAAAGUAUAAAAGUAACUUGUACCCCUGCACAUAGUAUUUACACAGAAUUGAUCAUAAAUUAGUAACAAAAGGUACCUACCAGGGAAUAUUACUUGAUAGGGAGUGUGUACGUCAGUAAUGAAAAAGCCCAUUGCAAGUAGAAAAUUAUUCCAAUCUUAUUUAGCUCACAUGGUUAAGAUUUAUUGAAAUGUUCAUUCAAGAAGAAGAAGAAGAAGAAAAAAGGUACAUGGACCCCACUAUCAUGGACAAUCUUGGAAAGGCAUGGAAAAAUAAAUUGUUCUGGAAAGACUUGGGGAGUGUUUCACAAAGGGUAGUGAGAUCCUAAGUUGAACUUAUCUCUUAGUUGGACAUGAACAUUUUGUAAAUUAUUAGUCUAAAGGACAGUCAGUUCCAAAAUUAUAGUAUUAUGUCAAUUGUGAUUCAAUUAUUGUCACAGCAUGAAACUCUAGCUAUGUGAACUACUCACAAAAUUUGUGAACAUUUCAUGCUCCUGAAAGUUAUUUAAUUUAUAGUUAUAUCCAAAAAGCCUUCGGAAAAAUCCAUCAAUCAUAUAUUAGCUCAAUGAAAUUCAAUAUUUUAAUCUACUUUGAGUCAAGGAGAUCAUGCCAUCUUUGGACAUAGAAUCUAGAAUACCAUGUACUGAAAUUAUCAUACAGAUAAUAUACAAGUUAGUAUAUUCAGGAAUUUUGAAUAAUUUUGUAUAUAUGUAUGAAGAGUGAAUAUUAAUCAAGAAAUGUACAAAUGCAGAUGUAUAUCUAAAAUUGAAACCAUACAAAGUGCAAAUAUUAUGAUGUAGUAUGUGUUCAUGCAGUACUACUGCCUGUGAUAAGAGUGUUGUGCAAAUCGCUUUAAGAAUACUUUGAAAUAUAUAAGCUAGUUACAAAUAAUUGCUUUGAUUUAGAUUAGAUUGAU